AGCAAAGGGGAAUUCUAGCGUGUCGUAUACCAACGGAGGGGAGAGACUGAUCUCGAUAUCGGAGAGGGAGGUUCGACACAAAAUGGAGGGGAGAUACACGGCAAGCGCGCGGCUGCGGUAACGACGCGGGCUCGCAGGAGUGAGAACGAGAGAGGCAGAUAGAGGUGGUGGGAAAGAGAGAAGAAGCAUGGGGGCGGUGGCUGGCUGCUGCACGGCCGCCAUCACCAUCUCAGUCCCAUCCUAUAGUAAACUCCAAAGCAGUUCCCGAUCUGUCUUCGUGUGUGUUAGUUAGGGACUCGUGUGUUUUACCGGUGCUUCUAGCUUCUCUACUCGGCGCGAGGGCUGCUAGUAACGCAUCGAACCGUCUUCUGCUUUGUCAUUGUCCCUGCACUGUCUCUUUACUAUGCCCUGACACAUCCGCUAACCUCAUUCUCUUUCGCUUUUCCCGUCUCUCGUUCCUUCACGCUGACCGUCUCGUAUCCGUCGUGUCUUGUCCCUCUCCCAUUUUCUCUGAUCUCCCUCGCGCGCGUAGUCACCCGCCGCCGUCAUUGUCCAUCUCUCAUUACCGAGAUCGCGAUCGAAAGUGCUUUUUUUUCGUUUUCUUCUGCAUCUGUGAUGUGCGAUGCGAAGAUCGGGCUUUUAAUCGAAAGGCUAAAGGUGGUAGUGGAUGAAUAAAGGGAGGAAGAAGGAGGCGGUGGAAGAGUAGGAGAUGGAGAAGGAGAAGAAAGAAAAAGUGACUUUACAAGAAGUUUGGCCGUCGUCACCGCAUUUCAACCGUCCACCGUAUCGACAACGAGCACAAUCACGGCCAUCACAACGGCGAGCUGCGAGGAAGACAAGAAGAAUCGCUGCGAUACUAUAACCAAAAAUGAUUGGAACAGAUAUUUUGAAAAUUUGCGAGUCUUCUGAAAGAUGUUGCAACACUCAUCUAAAAUCGACAAGGAAGAAUUAGGCGCAAGUAAUUGCCGCCUAUUGUUUGUUGCAUCUCGCGUGUUACAUCGCAUCGCGCCGAUUGUGUGAAUUUCCGAAUUUCCGAACGUGUGAAAAGGACGGAUCACCGGCGCUUGAAAUCGAAAUUUUCCGUCCUGUUGCGCGUUUAUUUCCUCUUUGACAGUCGCUACUUUCUUCACUACGUCCGUGCCUACGUCGUCCACAUGUUAGCCCUUCUAUCAUAAUAACAGGAUAACGUGAUCUCGUCUACAUAAGUGGAAACGACUGUAGCCUAAAGCUCUCUGUAAGAGACGACGCGUGGUUACUCUGUGUUUCGCGCGAAGCGCGUGCUUUUAAUGUCGACUGCCGGUGUUGUUGGUCGCACAUCAUCGUCCAACAGUGCGUCGUCGAUCAGGUUGGCAUCGUGUCGCCCAAUGUCAUCGCCAUCGGCGUCUCGCGCGCGUAGUCACAUCGCAACUAUGAAAUGAGCGGUUCGUCCCGAUUCACGUUUCGAGCCGCGUUAAAAUCACAGAAUCGAAGGGCGGAUAGAUAGCCGAGUGAUAACGGAUAAGGGAGUGAUAACGUUAGAUAUCCGCAUGCGCAUGUCACGACGAGGUGAUCGUGAGGGCAGUGGCAGUUGAAAGUACACGCGAGAGAAGAAAGAGAAAUUGCAGCGAUAAUGAUAUGCUGCUGUGCCUUAGAACGUCAAUGGACAACGAACUCGUCGUCGUGAAACGAAGAUCGUGCUGACGCUCCCCAGCCGGAGAACGGAACCUGGCCGCGACGUCGAGGAGUCGGAGCUGGAGGAGGAGGAGGAAGAAGAAGAGGAGGAAGAGGUGCCGCCGGACAUAACCCUUAAGGCACCGGCUCGCGCGAAUAUGAGCAUGACUCUCGUCCGAAAUUCGUUCAAGGGCGAGGACGACGCAGGUGUUGUAGAUACAGCGGUGGGCGGAGGUUGCGCGGGUGAAGCGCCAACCACAGGAGGUGGUGGUAUUGCCAGCGAUGGAGGUGGUGGCAGCGGAGGAACGCGCAGUGGCGGUGGCGGCGACAGCGAGGGCGGAUCUGCGAAGCAGCAGCAGCAGCAGCAGCAGGGUGGCGAAAGGUGCCCUCAGUGUGGUAUCCUCUGUCGGGACGUUCGCAUCCUGCAACUACAUCUCGAGGACACGCACAAAACUUCCUAUACCAUCGACAAGCACGAUCUCAACGCCCAGUUCUCCCAAGUGUCCUGCAAGGUGUGCAGCAAAACCUUUGCCAACGUGUAUCGGCUACAAAGGCACAUGAUUAGCCAUGAUGAAAGUGCCGUUUUACGAAAAUUUAAAUGUCCCCACUGCGAGAAAGCCUUCAAGUUCAAGCAUCAUCUUAAGGAACACCUGCGCAUUCACAGCGGUGAAAAGCCAUUCCAAUGCAACAACUGCGGCAAGCGUUUUUCUCAUUCUGGAUCAUACUCGAGUCAUAUGACGGCGAAGAAAUGCUUGAUAAUGAAUCUGAAGAAAUCGAGGCAGAACACCAUAAGCAAUGUCGAUCGGGGAUCGAAGAAGGUUCAUCAGCCUUUAUCGGGACGACGUGACGUUGAUCUGUUGACAGCCAACAAUAACACGUUCCUGCCAAUUCUACCGAAGCUAUCAUCUACGGAUUAUCAGGAGAUACAAAGGGAGGGAGCAGGUGUUUAUGACGUGCCGACUCUGCUGCCUCAAAUGAUGGGGUUUGGAAAUUACUUCCUGCAGUCUUCGUUAGGCAAACUAUUGAAUCAAUUGCAUUCGAAACGACUCGAUGAGAUCAGUUCGGAACAGUUCGAGACGCACCGAGAAGUAAUGAGUCCAUCGACGGCGGACUCUGAGGGAACGGAGGGUACGGAGGGCAAGGAAUCUCCCGCUCCAGCAGAUUCGAUGCAGGGUCUUGAUUUUGUCCGGCGAAUUCUAGAAACUGUAAAUACCUCGGUGACAAAACAGCUACUUGAGGCAAACAUGCGGAAGCUCUCCACGUCUCCGGCUACGAUGAAGCGAGAAUUCGAAGAGGAUUAUCAGGAUCAAGAUAGCGAGAUGUCCAGUGAGAUGACACAAUGUCCGGACUGGGCCGUGACGGACCAAUAUGACUCGCAGAGUGAAGGCUUAGCCGCGAAGCUCGAAAAUGCUAAUCAACCGACAUCGAGAUCGGCUAGGAAAAGAAAACGGGAAGAUAGCUCUGAGGCGGAUUCGGAGGAUGAAGAUGAUGGUUAUCAAACUCAUAAUGACAGCGGUAGAAGAGUUAGAGCUAGAUCGCUCAUAGAUGAUGAACAAUUAGCCGUUUUGAAAGGUUAUUACAACAUCAAUCCUCGACCGAAGAAGGAGGAGAUCACCAUGAUCGCCAAUUACAUCAAUUUUCCUACUCGUGUGGUACAGGUUUGGUUUCAAAAUUCUCGUGCCAGGGAUCGAAGAGAGUCAAAGAUACCUCACCAGUUACCAGCUCUGGUACCUUUAGCACCACUUUCAGCGAAUAAUUCUGUUGCGGAGCAGCCUUUGGAUUUGUCUAAAAAGGAAGCGCUUGCUAUGUCGAUAACCAAAGAAAGCGACACAUCGAGUAGAAAUAUAUCAUCUCCUUGCGAGCAGAAAGACGAUAAUUCAAUCCCGAAUGUUGAUAACGAUGACCUCGAAGAUUCGCCUCUUGUUAUAGAUGAAGAAACUGCUACUGAUCCCGUUGAAGCAAAGCGUACACCUCCUAGGGAGAUUACAAAGAGCCAAAAUCAAGUAAGCACUAAAAGUGAAAAUGAAACUACACCUCAACCGGAAGCAACUCCUAUAGCAACGGAAACCGAGCAGGGUCUUUAUUUCUGUGAUCAGUGUGACAAAACAUUUUCCAAACACAGUUCCCUCGCGAGACACAAGUAUGAACAUUCCGGGCAAAGGCCGUACAAAUGCGUGGAGUGUCCAAGAGCGUUCAAGCACAAGCAUCACCUGACCGAACACAAGCGGUUGCACAGCGGCGAAAAGCCCUUCCAGUGCUCCAAGUGCCUCAAGCGCUUCUCUCACUCCGGCUCCUACAGUCAACACAUGAAUCAUCGUUACUCUUACUGCAAGCCCUACAGAGAAUAAGAGUACUUGGCUUGCUCAUCUGAGGCUUGCUCGCUUAUCUAGGUAUAAUAUACGCAGUCCUUUUUCCUUAUGUUUAGAAUUUCUCUCUUUUACGUGUAAGUUUGUUCUUUGAAAAUCCCGCCUCACGAAGAAACGCUAGAACGCCUUUAUAUAUUUAUCUCGCGGCAUAAACUUUAAAGGAAGCCGCAAUGUUUCGCGAAGCUAUAUGUGUAAUAUAUAUACAUAAGAUGCUGUGACAUCACAUUACAAAGCCGUGGGGAGGAGGGGGGGGGGUUAUUGGUUCGUACUUGGAGAGAGAAAAACGAGAAACGCGAAAGCGGUUUAGACGAUUCGAGGGAGCGAGAAAAUUCAAUGGAAAUGUAUGUUGUAAAACUUACAUUGUGCGGUAGAAAGCAAUCGUGUGUCUCCUCAUUUUGUCUAAACCGGUUUUAGAUUUUACUAAUCUUAUUCUAUGGCGUGAAAAAAAGGGAACGAAACGAUACCAGUGAAUGCAACCGAAACGAAUAACUAUUUGUGGCAAGUGCAAGUCGACAAAUAAACCAAACGUAUGUAACGGUACCAAAAAAGCAUAAUGCAAUAAUCUAUAUAUAAUAUAAUAUACAUAAUAUUUUAGUAUUUUUAUUAAGAAAAUAUUAUAUAUACCAUGACAAUAAUAAGAAAACUAAUUAAUGUACAAAUUUGUUAGCCACGUCCGCAUGAGAAGCGCGAUGUCCAUUCGGAAAAAUAAUAAUAAUAAUAAUAUACGAACUACUUGGAACGAUCGAAACGUUUGACGAUAGAAAAAGAAAACGUUUACUCUUACAAUGAUUAAUUUCCGCGAAGCGACAUGUAUUUCGACGAGUAAUUUCUAAAUCUCAGGUUCAACGGCAACUCGCGUAUAAGAAUGGAGAUCGCGUGUAAAAUGCUCGUUCUACACGAGUAAAGAUAAAUAUUGGGUUUACUAAAUCAAAUGUGUCUGGAAUACAGCUGUUGAUUGAGCUUAACAUUAAAAAAACUUGGUCGAUCAUAAAGAUGGAGAUUAGAAUCUCAUGUUCCGCCUCCUUAUAACGAAUAACUUGACUCGACGAAGAAAAGGCUAUAUUAUUAUUAUUACAUUAUUAUUAUUACAUAUUAUAUAUGUAUAGAAAGAGAGAAGAAGGAGAGG